AUGGCUUACUCUCAGCUGGGAUACCCCUACUCCACCACACCGCAGUUUCUGAUGACUUCAAGCUCUCUGGCCGGUUGUCUGGAGCCGGGGACGCCUCCGUCUCACCCGGUGCUGCGCUCCCCCGGGCACCAGCUCAGCCCGAGCACCGGCAUCGGAGUCUACAGCGGCCCUUACCCAAAGAGCCAAGGCUACUACAACACCUGCACCAGCGAUGCCACAGCGCUUUAUCCCAGAGGGCCACUGGAUCCAAAAGACGGAGCUGCAUCUGUGCAUGUGGGGACAUCUCAGACUCCUGCCUACUACCCCUAUGAAUACGCAUUUGGACAAUAUUCUUAUGACAGAUAUGGGUACUCCUGCUCUGAUGGAGCUUCUCGUCGCAAAAAUGCCACCCGAGAGACCACCAGCACCCUGAAAGCCUGGCUGCAGGAGCACCAGAAGAACCCCUACCCUACAAAGGGAGAGAAGAUAAUGCUCGCUAUCAUCACCAGGAUGACUCUCACACAGGUGUCGACAUGGUUUGCCAAUGCACGCAGGAGGCUGAAGAAGGAGAACAAGGUGACGUGGUCACCGCGAGCUUGUAAAGGCUCUGAUGAUCGGGGCUGUGAUGACGACAGUGAUGAAGCUGAGAAGCCAGUUGAAGAUGAAAAAGACCAUCCUGAUCAACAGUGUGCCGAGCUGCAGAGUGAUCUCGAGGACUUCGACCUGCUGGAGUCUGAUGCUUCCGACUGUGAACCGAAGCCACAAUUCCUAACUGAGGACAAUGAAAACCCAAACACAGAUCUCCCACAUGAGCACCUCACACACAACCCUGAAACCCUUCACAGAAAAGACAGAUUGUCCCCGGACUGCCCCAGACUCACACCAGUCCAACACCAAAACGCCUCCUUCUUUCCGAACCCAGACCUCCGAGACACAGACGCCAAGCCGAAAAUAUGGUCCAUCGCUCACACGGCGGUGUCUUUGGACGGCAGCUUGCAGCCAGAGUACCCUCCUUGUAUGCUGUCGAAUAACGGCUCCUCCUCUCCUGUGUAUCCGUCAAGCAUGGGGCUCACUAAGGCAGACAGGCAACAGGAAUCACCAGUGGCCACGCUCAGAGAAUGGGUGGACGGAGUAUUCCAUGGUCCCCCUUUCCAACAGCCCAAACCAGCUGAGGUGUGGAAAGGCUUUAAUGAUGCCGCGAUAGACAUCAGAAUACCUGGACAAUCCUUUGAACUUGUUAGGUCUACUUCAUCUUUGUAGUCCAACCAACUCGUCAACAACGGAAUAUUUCAACGACUGCUGGACUCGAAGUCUAUAUUGUGUUGUUGUGACCAAUUGACCAUUUGCUGAGCACCACCCUUUUAGUCACUAUAACUUUUGGAGAUGCCGCUGUCAAAUUUGUGAAUGUUUUUAAAUAGAUUUUAAGACAGAGAGAGAGAAUUUCAAACUCCUCAUCCAUCACAUUGUCCAUUAGUUUAGUUGAAAAACUCCAAGUCUGACUGACUUUUUAAAACUGCAAGUUGUAAACAUGUCUUAAAUAUGCACUUGACGGCCACAUAAGCCUACAGGACAUUAAGCAAAAAGACUGAAGCGAAAGUCUAAUGUCACAGGGAAAAGGUCGGUACCAUCACCACUUAUGAUCAAAUGUAAAUGUAAUGUUGCUGGAGUGUAAACAAAACCUGAAUUGCUCCUGAAAGAGCAGGAGAGGGGGCGUUAAAGUUCGGAUUGGUAAAAUGAAUGGGAUGUCCUUUUUUUAUUUAUUGAAAUAGAAUGUCCUGAUAGCCAUUAAUAAAUUAAGUCGUCUGAAAAAUGAAAAGAAAGAAAAGUCCUUGUCUGUGGCCCUCGCAGGGCAGUAAUAAACACGACCAAUCAUUUCAUCUGACUGAAUGCCGGAGAGACAUGAACCUCUGAACCAGAGACGAUAGCCAAAAGUUAGCGAGUGAGUCACGAGUGCGUGUUCAUAUCUUUUGGUGGCUGAGCUUUAACAAGAGGGCUGAUGGGACGUAUUGGUUGCAUAUUUUUGAAGUGUUGCCUGCACCUGCUCGCUUUUCCUGUAUUACCAACCUUAGCUUUAACGUUAGCAUGAUUGCAACCUGGACUGACUUCUAAACAAUGAGAAAAUGCUUCACCCUGGAUUUGCUAGAAGUGAGUGGCUCUUUUGUUUGAACCCAUGAAUAAAAACAGUGAACGCUAGUCUGAAAAUAAUUAGCAUAACUAAACUAAUGCUACAGACGGUAGUAUGUUACAAAGCUUUGCGUGCUGACUGUUGCAGAUUAAUCCAAUUCUUACACCUUUGCAAUUUUAUUUCUUGUUUUUGGAAAGAUAAUUUCAACAACCUCCAAACUUGUGAGAAAACGAGCCAAGCUAUGGACGCUCAGCUACAAAUGGGAAAAUUGCUGUUUGGCAAAAGGCUUUAAGCGAAUGGUCAAUAAACACAGUAUGGUCCUUUUUGGACAUUUUGAUAUGCCCUCUCUCGCUCUCUCUGUCUACUUGCAUUGUUAUGGACAAAACUUAUGGACAAAUGUGAGCAAACAACUGUGACCACAUACACACACACAUACACACACACUUCCCUGCGGCAAGGUUGUACGAUUCACAAAAAUUAAACAAUAUUGUACACAUGCACAAUUGCCUGCACAUGCACUAAGUCACAAAA